CAUCACGACGUCGGUCAAAGGUUUAAAAAACAAAACAACAACCGCGAGCAGUCGGCUUCCUCCUGGUCGGUAAACCGAAGGCUUGAAACUCGAGACUCGGACUAGAAAGAUUCCUCCCACCAGGUGAUGGAGGAGGACAAAAGGUGGGCGUUGAUCUCCGAGGUGGGGGGCGACACCGGGUACCUGGAAGAGCUCGCCGACGUGCUGAAGCGUCACUUCCACCUCAUCUGCCUCAGGGAGUUUCUCCAGAACCCGGCGCUCCACGGGCCCAAAGUCCAGGUCCUGUUCAUUUGGAAGUUCCUGCCGGAGGCCGAGCCGUCGCUGCUCCGAUCGCUCCCCGCACUCCUAUUGGUCGCCAGCGGAGGAGUGGGCGUCGACCACCUGGACGUGCCGUUCAUCAACGGCCUCGGGGUGAAGGUGGCCAACACGCCCGGCGUGGUCAGCGACUCCACCGCCGAUCACGCCAUGGCUCUGCUCCUGGCGUCGGCCCGCAAGAUCCUGGACGGUCAUCAAAUAGCUGUUGACCCAAAGACCACCCACCUGCCACAAAGGCUCAUGGGAGUUGAAGUCACGAGGGCCACUCUGGGGAUCGUUGGAAUGGGAGACAUCGGUUACAAAAUCGCCCAAAGAAGCAAAGGCUUUGAAAUGAAGAUCCUGUAUCACAACAGGACCCGAAGGACCGGAGCCGCCGAGCGGGCGACGGGAGCCGAGUUCUGCCGCCGCCUGGACGACCUGCUGAAGAGGUCGGACUUCGUGGUGAUCGCCGUCAAGCUGACCGCGGACACCACGGGCCUCAUUGGCCGCAGGGAGCUGUCACUCAUGAAGCCCACGGCAACGCUGGUGAACGUCAGCCGAGGUCUCGUGGUGGACCAGGACGCGUUGGUCGAAGCUCUCCGGUCGGGAAGGAUCGGUGCGGCGGCUUUGGAUGUGACUCAUCCUGAACCUUUACCGAGGGACCACCCGCUGCUCGGCCUGCCCAACGUGCUCAUCACCCCCCACAUGGGGAUCAGUACCAACGCCACAGCCACAGCGAUCGUGGAGAAGAUGCUGGAGAACGGCCUGGCUGCAGUGAAAGGCCUGCCGGUUCCAGAUGAAGUCAAGCUGCAGUGACACCGUCCGUGUUCCACGGGUUACGCAUUGUUUUAUUAAGGUUAUUAAAAUGUGAAACCCAGUCGAGACGCAGUUUAUUUGAAGUGGAUUAUGAUAUUGAGUGUCUUGCCGAACACACUUUAACUU